AUGUAUUUCUUUUUUAAUAUACUAAUUUUUUUUCUUCUAUUGAAUAUUCUUUAUAUUUCUUUAUGUGUUCUUGACAGGAGCACCCGUGCAUAUAAUUCCAAGUCUUCAUUUUCUUUUUUUUUCUUUUUCUUUCUUUCUUUCUUUCUUUCUUUCUUUCUUUCUUUUUCGAUUUCUUUCUAUCUGUUAGCAUUCUACUUUUCUUUCUUCUUUCUUUCUUUUAUCUCGUUCUUUUUUCUUUUUCUUUCUUUCUUUUUCCUUCAUUCUUUUUCCUUCUUUCUUUUAUCUCGUUCUUUCUUUCUUUUUUCUUUAUUUCUUGAGCUUAUACUUAUAAUUUCUUUCUAUCUGCUCGCAUUCUACUUUUCUUUCUUUCUUGUAUCUUGUUCUUUCUUUCUUUUUUCUUUCUUUUUUCCUUCUUUUUUUCGCUUCUUUGUUUUUUCUUUCUUUUCUCUUUCUUUAGCUUAUACUUAUAAUUUCUUUCUAUCUCUUCACAUUCUACUUUUCUUUCUUUCUUUCUUUUAUCUCGUUCUUUCUUUAGUCUUUCUUUCUUUUUCCUUUUUAUUUUGUUCUUUCUUUCUUUUUUUUCUUUCUUUUUUCCUUCUUCCUUUUUCCUUCUUUGUUUUAACUCUUCGUUCUUUCUUUAUUCUUUCUUUCUUUUUCCUUCUUUGUUUUAUCUUGUUCUUUCUUUCUUUUUUCUUUCUAUAUUUUAUACUAAAUUUUCUAUCUAUCUCUUCGCAUUCUACUUUUCUUUCUUUCUUUCUUUUCUUCUAG